AGCACUGACUAGCCCCUCUGUCAAACAGCUUCUAGCCCAGUGGUCAAUUAUGGCAUGCCCCCUGGAUCAGGCCAUUGGCCUUCUCGUGGCCAUCUUCCACAAGUACUCUGGCAAAGAGGGCGACAAGCACACCUUGAGCAAGAAGGAGCUGAAGGAGCUGAUCCAGAAGGAGCUCACCAUUGGCUCUAAACUGCAGGAUGCUGAGAUUGCAAGGCUGAUGGAUGACCUGGACCGCAACAAGGAUCAGGAAGUAAACUUCCAGGAGUAUGUCGCCUUCCUGGGCGCCUUGGCUUUGAUCUACAACGAAGCUCUCAAAUAAAAUGGGAAGGUAGAGAUGCCCUUUGGUGGCCUAUCUCAGCCAAAUCCAGUGGUGGGUAAUUGUACAAUAAAUACUUUGUUUUUGUUACAUCUA